AUGAUGACGACAACAGGCGGGGACGCAACUCUCUUUGAAGAGUCAUUCACCAUCACCAACAUCGAUCAGUCGAAGUAUGACCGUGUUGCACGGAUCUAUGCGACCUCCACGGAUAAUCAGACUGUCAUCUCUCUCGACGUCAAUGUAGAGCUAUUUCCUUGUCAAGUUAGCGAAGGAAUCAACGUGGUACUCGCCACUUCCCUCGCCUUGGAUGGCUCCAAGGACGAUGAGAAGGGUUGGAGAGAUAACAAGAAGGGUGUUCACCCCGAAACAAGCCUCGCCGAGAUGUUUGACUACGUGUGCCAUGGCAAAAUCUACAAAUUUGAGGACGGCGAAGAUGGGCAGACAAUAAAGGCUUACGUCUCGUUCGGAGGCCUUCUCAUGUCUUUGGAGGGCCCUUACAAAAAACUAAGUCCCCUCAGAGUUGAGUAUGCGUACCUCCUAGUGAAAAAAUAA